UUAAAAUAAAAGAGAGAAUGUGUCCUUGUGAGUAGUUGACAGGAAGGGACCUAGAGGGCUGGACACUCUUCUUAGCUUCAUCGUUCUCUCUGGUAGAGACACUGACUACUCUUCCCAACUAUAAGUCUUAUGGAGCACCAUUGAUUGAUGGUGGCAACCUAGUGGCAACCUUCGGCAUCACAUGUUACUGAUUCAUCUGGAGUAAUCUCAGCAAUCAGUUAUCAACACUUGGCUUUGAUUGAUAAACAGAGAAUGGGGCUUUGGAUCCUGGCAAUUCUUACAGUUCUCAUACAUUUCACAGCAGCUAAGUAUAGUAAACUAUCCUGGGGCCUGGAAAAUGAGGCUUUAAUUGUGAGAUGUCCCAAAAAUGAAGCAUCUCAUUACCCUGUGGAUUGGUAUUACUCAAAAACACACAAAAGUAUUCCCACACAGGAAACGAAUCGUGUGUUUUCCUCAGGCAAGAAUCUUAAGUUUCUACCAGCCAAAGUGGAUGAUUCUGGCAUUUAUACGUGCAUCAUCAGAAGUCCCACCUUCAAUAAGACUGGAUAUGCAAAUGUUACCAUAUACAAAAAACAACCGAACUGCAACAUUCCAGAUUAUUUGAUGUAUUCCACGGUGUCUGGAUCAGAAAAAAAUUCCAAAAUCUAUUGUCCUACAGUUGACCUCUACAACUGGACAGCACCUCUUCAGUGGUUUAAGAAUUGCCAAGCUCUUCAAGGAUCAAGGUACAAGGCACACAGGUCAUUUCUGGUCAUUGACAAUGUGAAGAGUGAGGACGCAGGUGAUUACACGUGUAAAUUUACACACAACGAGAAUGGUGUCAGUUACAGUGUGUCGGCAACCAGGUCGUUCACGGUGCAAGAUGAGGAAGCCUUUUCUUUGUUUCCAGUAAUUAGAGCUCCUCCACAUAAUGAAACAAAGGAAGUGGAAAUUGGAAAAACAGUGAACAUAACUUGCUUUGCUUGCUUUGGGGGAGGUGCUCAGUUCUUGGCUGUUGUUCUUUGGCAUCUCAAUGGAAGCGAAGUUAAGGACUUUGGUGAAGCAAGAAUUGAAGAGGAGGAAGGGCAAAACCAAAGUUCCAGCAAUGAGAUGACUUGUCUAACCAAGGUUUUAAGGAUAGCUGAUGUGAAGGAAGAGGACUUGUCGCUGAAGUAUGACUGUCUGGCCCUGAAUUUGCAUGGCUUGAGAAGGCACACCAUAAGACUAAGUAGGAAAAAUCCAAUUGAUCAUCAAAGCACCUACUAUAUAGUAGCAGGAUGUAGUAUCUUGUUAAUACUAAUCAGUGCCUUGGUGAUCAUCCUAAAAGUGUUCUGGAUUGAGGUUAUUCUGCUCUGGAGAGAUAUAGCUAGACCUUACAAAACUAGGAAUGAUGGAAAGAUCUAUGAUGCUUAUGUUAUUUACCCUCGGAACUACAAACCUAGUCCGGAGGGAGCCAGUCCCGUGGAGUACUUUGUUCACCAGAUUCUGCCUGAUGUUCUUGAAAAUAAAUGUGGCUACAACCUCUGCAUUUAUGGGAGAGAUCUGCUACCUGGAGAAGAUGCAGCCACUGCAGUGGAAACCAACAUACGAAAGAGCAGAAGGCACAUCUUCAUCCUGACUCCUCAGAGCGCGCACAGCAAGGAGUUUGCCUACGAGCAGGAGAUGGCCCUGCACAGCACCCUCAUCCAGAACGACUCUAAGGCGAUUCUUAUUGAAAUGAAGGCCCUGAGCGAGCCAGAUGGACUGCAGGUUGGGGGGCUUCAGGAUUCCCUCAAGCAUCUCAUGAAAGUGCAGGGCACCAUCAAGUGGAGGGAAGACCAUGUUGCCAACAAGCGGUCCCUGAAUUCCAAAUUCUGGAAGCAUGUGAGGUACCAAAUGCCUGUGCCAAGCAAACUUCCCAGAAGGACUUCUAGUUUGACUUCCCAGGAGCAACAGUGCUUGCUUGGAUGUGCUAAGGCAUCUGCUUUUAUGGAUCGCCUACCUCCUCCUAGCUGCGGUAUACCCCUGGACCAGACAUGGGCAGCUACUGGUAGCUGAGGCAUGAGGAGUGGGACUGCCAAGGGUGCUCAGGCCUAGGUUUGAUCUGGUAACUUUAUUUCCAUUUCCUAGAUUCUGGUAGGUUGCAAAAUACCCACAAUUUUUUUUCUCAGUCCUCCUCCUACUCAGCACCCCAAAUUCCUUCCCUUUCUCUCUCCACCUCCAUUAUAGGGGAGGAUAUAUUCACUGUGCUCUUUUUUUUCUCUCUCUUCAUAUUUCUUGUUCUCUUUCUCCUCAUUCCUUGUCCAUAAUCUCCAUUCUGAACAUCAGACUCAUUGUGGUACAGUCAGUUUUCAUGUCAUCUUGAAGAACAUUCUGAUCCACUCAGAACGUUGGUAGUAACUCUUGUUCCCAACAUGCCAGAAUUUCCUUAUUUAUUUCCGUGGAUCAGACGCUCAGUCUUAUCAUCCCAGUAUUGACCUCUUUGUUGGAAUACCUCAUCCCUUUGCCCCAUUAGGAUCAAGUUAUUUUCAGUUCUAAAGUUUCUUUUGUAUAUUUUUAUUCUCUU